AUGGAGUGGGUGCUCGCGGAAGCGCUGCUUUCGCAGAGCCGGGAUCCGCGGAUCCUGCUCGGGGCGCUGUGCCGCGGGGAGGCGUCCGCGGAGCGCGUGGAGACGCUGCGCUUCCUUCUGCAGCGGCUCGAGGACCAGGAGGCGCGCGGCGGCGGCGGCGGCGCGCUCCCGGAGGCGGCGCGCGAGGUCGCCGCUGGGUACCUCGUGCCGCUGCUGCGGGAACUGCGCGGGCGUCCUGCGGGCUGCCCGGACGCCGGCCCGCUGCCGCGCCACCGCCGGCGCGUGCUGAGGGCGGCGGGCGCGGCCCUGGGCUCGUGCGCCCGCCUGGCCGGAGGCCCGCAGCUGGCGGCCGCGCUGGCGGAGGAGGCGCUGCGGGACCUGCUCGCCGGGCCGCGCGCGCCGGGCGCCGAGGCGGCCGUGGAGGUGCUGGCGGCCAUCGCGCCCUGCCUGCGGCCCCCUGAGGACGGGCCGCUGCUGGAGCGGGUGGCGCAAGCCGCCGUCGCCCUGGCGCUGGGCGGCGACGAGGACGAGGCCGGGCUCGCCGAGAACGCGGCGGCGCUGGUGGCCGGGCGGCUGCUGCCGGCGCUGGGCCAGUGUGGCGGGGCGGCUCUGAGGGCCGUGUGGGCCGGGCUGGCCGCGACAGGGCCGCCUUCGGGGCCGGGCCGCGUCGGGCCGAAGCUGCUGGUGCUGAGCGCGCUGGCCGAGAAGCUGCUGCCCGAGCCUGGCGCGGAGCGCGCCCCCUGCGCGCGCGAGGCGGGGCCGGACGCCCGGCGCUGCUGGCGCUUCUGGAGGACCGUGCAGGCGGGGCUGGGCCGGGCCGACGACGCCCUGACGCGCAAGCGAGCGCGCUACCUGCUGCAGAGGGCGGUGGAGGUGUCGGCGGAGCUGGGGGCCGACUGCACCUGCAGCCCCCAGGAGGCAAACGGCCCAAGUCUGUUUUGGUGGUCUGAGAAGAAAAAGGAUGAACUUCUAAAGUUUUGGGAAAAUUAUAUUUUAAUUAUGGAAACUCUUGAAGGAAAUCAGAUACAUGUUAUAAAGCCAGUCUUACCAAAGCUGAACAAUCUGUUUGAAUACGCGGUGUCAGAGGAAAAUGGAUGUUGGCUCUUUCACCCAUCAUGGCACAUGUGUAUUUAUAAAAGAAUGUUUGAAAGCGAAAACAAAAUCCUGACCAAAGAAGGUGUUAUCCAUUUCUUGGAGCUGUAUGAAACAAAGCUUCUUCCAUUUUCGCCAGAAUUCUCUGAGUUUAUUAUUGGACCAUUGAUGGACGCUAUUUCAGAGAGUUCUCUGUACAGCAGGUCCCCAGGCCAGCUCAUAGGAAGUGGUUCUCCAUUAGGAUUGAAAUUACAGAAGUUUCUAGUCACUUAUAUUUCUCUUCUUCCAGAAGAAAUAAAGAGUGGUUUCCUAUUAAAGUUUAUUCAGAAGAUGACAAGUAGACAUUGGUGUGCUGUUCCCAUUUUGUUUCUGUCUAAGGCUCUGGCAAACAUCCCAAGAUGUAAGGCCCUGGGCAUAGAAGGGCUUCUGGCUCUCAGGGACGUUAUUCAGUGCACCAUGAUCACACAUCAGAUUCUCCUGAGAGGCGCAGCUCAAUGCUAUCUUCUUCAAACAGCCAUGCACUUGGUGGACGUGGAGAAGGUAUCACUUUCUGACGUCUCGACUUUUAUCAUGUCUCUGAGACAAGAGGAGUCCUUGGGACGAGGAACUUCCCUGUGGUCAGAGCUCUGUGACUGGUUGCGAGUGAAUGAAAGCUACUUUAGGCAAUCUCCAGUUUGCGGCUCUGCUGGACUCCAUGAGACGUCACUAAAUGCUUACGUAAAGAACCUUGUUCAAGAGUACGUGACAUCGCCUGCGUGGGAAACAGGAGAAAAUUGCUUUCUGCCUGAUGGCUUUGAAGCCAGGCUGACGGCUACGAUGAUCUUGCUGGCUGUGGAUGUGGAAGGAAUGAAGACUCAGCACAGUGAAAAGCGGAGGACACAGAAUGUAUUGAGGAUAUUCUUAGAUCCUCUGCUGGAUGCCCUAAUGAAGUUGGGUACCAAUGCCUACAUGCCCUUGCUGAAAACUGACAGAUGCCUCCAGCUGCUGUGGAAGCUCUUGCACACUUGCAUGUUGAAAGGUUCCAGUGCCCACGAUGAUGAGGUGUCUACUCUUCUUCAGAACUCGGUCAUGUCUGCUACAGAGAGCAUUUCUGAAUUCAUUCUCAGAAGACUUACAAUGAACGAGCUAAGCAGUGUUUCAGACCUGGAGCGUUGCCGUUUAUACCUGAUGGUAUUAACUGAGCUAAUGAAUCUGCAUUCAGAUGUCGGGUGGAAAGGGGGUAACCCCAUUUGGAGAGUUAUUUCUCCUUUGAAAAAUGCAUCCAUUCGGCAUCUUCAGGAGAUGGAUGGUGGACAGGAGCCAACCCUUGGUAGUCAGAUUCAGAAAGUCGUUAGUAUGGCCACCUUGGCCGUGGUAUGUGAGGCCGUAGACCGGAAGCCCGAACUGCAGCUGGAUUCUCUUGAUGUUGGACCCACAGAACGGUUCCUGUCCUGUCUUCACCUCAAUCAGACCCUGCAGAAACCCCACACAGAGGAACAGAGCAGGUGUGCUCACCCCCCAGAGAGCAGUAGUUUUUUUGAGGAGUCAUCGUCUUCCCAAGGAUGGGGAAAAAUCGUUGCACAAUAUAUCCAUGAUCAGUGGGUCUGCCUGUCUUUCCUGUUGAAAAAAUAUCACACUCUGAUACCUGCCGCAGAGAACGAAAUCCCGGAGCCCUUGCUGCCCGCUGUUCAAAUGCCCGUUAGGACUUUGCAGUCUGCACUGGAAGCCCUCACAAUUCUGCCUUCUGAUCAGGUUUUACCUGUGUUCCAGUGCAUGAAAAUUUUGGUUCCCAAGCUCCUUACCUCCUCUGAAUCUCUCUGCAUCGAGUCUUUUGACAUGGCCUGGAAAAUUAUAUCUUCCUUAAGCAACACUCAGCUGACAUUCUGGCCUAAUUUAAAAGCCUUUGUCCAGUUUGUAUUUGAUAACAACAUUCUUACCAUUGCUGCAAAAACCAAGAGCCAGGCAUAUUUCAAAAUAAAAGAGAUUAUGUACAAAAUAAUUGAAAUGUCUGCUCUAAAAACUGGAGUCUUCAAUACACUGAUAAAUUAUUGCUGCCAAUCUUGGAUAGUGUCUGCUUCACAUGAGUCCCAAGACUCUUUAUCAAGUGCUAAACAUUAUAGUGAAAUGGUCCUUGAGGCUUGUAUAUUUGGAACCGUGUUUAGGCGUGAUCAAAGACUUAUUCAGGACGUACAGACUUUUGUAGAAAAUCUUGGACAUGACUGUGCAGCAAAUGCUGUUAUAGAAAAUGCUAAAAGAGAAGACCAUUAUGUGAGAAUUUGUGCAAUCAAAUUCCUGUGUUUAUUAGAUGCCUCAAAUGUAUCCCAUAAGUUGUUUUUGGAAGAUCUUGCAGUCAAGCUAUUAGAUAAAGAUGAGUUGGUGUCCAAGUCCAGAGCUCGCUGCUAUGUGAAUUCUCUGCAGCACAGAGUGAAGAACCGAAUAUGGCAGACGCUGCUUGUGCUCUUCCCCAGGUUUGAUCAGAAUUUCUUGAAUGGAAUUAUUGACAAGAUUUUCCAGGCUGGUUUUAUCAACAAUCAAGCAUCCAUAAAAUAUUUUAUAGAAUGGAUUAUUAUAUUGAUUCUUCAUAAAUUCCCUCAGUUUCUUCCGAAGUUCUGGGAUUGUUUGUCUUGUGGUGAAGAAAAACUUAAAACCAGCAUUUGUACAUUUUUAUCAGUUUUGAUACAUUUGGAUGUCAUUACUCAGAAUAUUCCAGAAAAGAAGCUAAUCCUGAAGCAAGCCCUUGUUCUUGUGCUGCAGUGGUGUUUCAACCACAAUUUUAGCAUUCGGCUGUAUGCUUUAAUGGCUCUAAAGAAAAUCUGGACCAUGUGUAAAGCGCUGCGUGUUGAAGAAUUCGAUGCCUUGGCUCCCGUGAUUGAAUCCAGUCUCGAUCAAGUGGAGAGCAUGCACGGAGCCGGGAAUGCCAAGAAGAAUUGGCAGCGCAUCCAAGAGCAUUUCUUUUUUGCAACGUUUCACCCACUUAAGGAUUAUUGUCUGGAGACCAUAUUUUACAUCCUUCCACGCCUCGCGGGCCUCGUGGAGGACGAGUGGAUUGCCGUGGGUAAAUUGACCGGCUUCGCUCCCAUCCCACUGGAUGCGGGAUUUCAGUGGUACCUUUCUCAAACCCAGCUUCGAGAACUGAAACCAGGCGACUGGUCUCAGCAGGACAUAGGCUCCAGCCCAGGUGAAGCAGAAGCAGAAUGGACUGACGUUCAGAAGAAGGUGAUCCCGUGGAAGAAUAACGUUCCAGACUUAGACCUGGAGCUCAUGUUUCAGGACCGUGCAGCCAAACUUGGAAAGUCGAAUAGUAGACUGAUUGUGGUGGCCUCUCUCAUUGACAAAGCAACCAAUUUAGGAGGACUGUGCCGCACCUGUGAGGUGUUUGGGGCCUCAGUGCUGGCUGUUGGCAACCUUCAGUGUGUCAGGGACAAACAGUUCCAGCACCUCAGCGUCUCAGCGGAACAGUGGCUGCCGUUAGUGGAGGUAAGACCGCCUCAGCUGAUUGAUUACCUGCACCAGAAGAAAGCGGAAGGUUACACCAUCAUUGGAGUGGAGCAAACGGCCAAAAGCUUGGACCUGACCCGAUACAGCUUUCCUGAGAAGUCGCUGCUCUUGCUGGGAAAUGAACGGGAAGGAAUCCCCGCCAACCUGAUCCAGCAGUUGGACGUGUGCGUGGAGAUCCCGCAGCAGGGUGUCGUGCGCUCUCUGAACGUGCACGUGAGCGGGGCCCUGCUGAUCUGGGAGUACACGCGGCAGCGGCUGCUCCAGCGCCCAGGGGCCGGCCACUGCCGGGCUCUUGAAACCUUUCCUUUUUAAAACUAUUUAAUGAAUGAAAUAGAUCCAGAAAUCUCCUGGGAGAAUUUGUAUUUUUUUUCUUGCAGUUAAUGCCAAAACUCUUUUAUGUGCCUUAAAUAUAUUGCUAUGUA